AUGAUUCUUACUUUCUUUUGUUUCAAAACCAGGGAUGUUGUGGAAACAGAAGAGCAUUAUAAGAGCAGGUGGCGAUCCAUAUGGAUUAUGUAUCUUACCAUGUUUCUCAGUAGUGUAGGUUUCUCAAUUGUAAUUAUGUCUGUGUGGCCAUAUCUCCAAAAGAUUGAUCCGACGGCAGAUGCAAGUUUCUUGGGCUGGAUUAUAGCUUCAUAUAGCAUUGGCCAAAUGGUUGCCUCUCCCUUGUUUGGCUUGUGGUCCAAUUACAGGCCAAGGAGAGAACCUCUCGUUGUUUCAACUGCUAUUUCAGUAGGUGCUAAUUGUCUUUAUGCCUAUGUCCACGUACCCCAUUCACACAACAAAUACUACAUGCUGACUGCACGUGCUCUUGUGGGAUUCGGAGCAGGAAACGUGGCUGUGGUUCGAUCGUAUAUUGCGGGUGCCACUUCUCUGACAGAAAGAACGAGUGCCAUGGCCAAUACCAGUGCCUGCCAAGCAGUUGGCUUCAUAUUAGGACCAGUUUUUCAGACAUGCUUUACACUAAUUGGAGAAGAAGGAAUAACAUGGAAAUUAAUUGAUCUUCAGCUGAACAUGUAUACAGCACCAGUUUUAUUUGGAGCUGUCUUAGGAGUUAUUAAUAUUAUUCUCAUCUUUCUCAUACUCAGAGAGCAUCGAGUGGAUGACAUGGGACGGCAGUGCAAAAGUGUCAAUUCUGAAGGAGAAGAAAACGAUGCUGUGGAUCAGGACACAGAAGGAAAUGUUGACCACGUUGCUGUGGUAGCACUCAAUUUUCUUUUCUUUGUCAUCUUGUUUGUGUUUGCUGUCUUUGAAACUAUAGCUACUCCACUGACAAUGGAUAUGUAUUCCUGGACCAGGAAAGAAGCUGUUUUUUAUAAUGGAAUAAUCCUUAGUGUGGUUGGCAUUGAAUCAGUUAUUGUUUUCAUGGUGGUUAAAAUGCUAUCUAAAAGGACUGGUGAGCGUGCCAUACUCCAUGGAGGCUUACUGAUUGUCUUGGUUGGAUUCUUUAUCUUACUACCUUGGGGGAAAAAAUUACCAAAUAUCCAGUGGCAAGAAAUAAAGAACAACUCCAUUCCCAGAGCAGCUGCCACGGAAAUGCUGAUGCCUUUCUGGAGUUGGCAAGCAGUGCAGCUCCCAGACAACCACACAGCGGAACCCGUAGGCUGCCCUGUCACCCAGUCCUGGUGCCUGAAUACUCCCAGGAUCUACCUGGCCCAGUAUAUCAGCUCUGACAUACUCAUAGGACUGGGUUACCCAGUUUGUAAUGUCAUGUCCUACACUUUAUACUCAAAAAUUCUGGGACCGAAGCCUCAGGGUGUCUACAUGGGAUGGUUAACUGCCUCUGGAAGUGGAGCACGAAUACUUGGACCUGUUUUUGUGAGCCAAGUAUACACUCACCUAGGACCACGCUGGGCUUUUAGCUUAAUCUGUGGAGUAGUUGUCCUCUCUCUCUUACUCUUAGAGAUAGUAUACAAGAGACUGAUUGCAUUUUCUGUCAGAUAUGGAAGGAUGCAAGAAGCAAAUUGUUAA